CUGUCGAGGACCGAGGGGGUCAGAGGGUCAAGCGGGUGUUGUGGGUACAGACGGGACAACGGGAAAAAGAGGCUCGAUCGGGCCAAGUGGCCACCAGGGGGAGAAGGGUGACCGUGGCUGGAGGGGCCUCAAGGGAGAAAGAGUACAACCAUGCAUGAUGAAGGGGAGCAAAGGACGACCAGGAUUACGGGGGAAUAAAGGUUUGAAAGGAGACAUUGGACCCAGAGGAGAUAUUGGUGAACCUGGCAUCACAGGGAUGUGUGGAGAAAAGGGUGACAGUGGCCUGUGGGGGGAGCCAGGUCAUAAGGGGGUCCAGGGCUCUAGAGGAGAACCUGGUAUCAGAGGAACCAUGGGGUUGAAGGGAUCAUUUGGACCUAUUGGAAAGCUGGGUCAGCGUGGUUCAGUGGGCCCGCCAGGUUUGCCUGGAAAGCCCGGACUUCCUGGACAAGUGUACCUUCUAGCAGGCCUGCAGGGGGAACAAGGGAGUCAAGGUCCCUCAGUCUCAUGCGGCUGUUCGAGAGUCCGAACCCCUGAUCGACUGCCGGCUCAAGUUCAGACGAUUUUUAUAGUUCAUGGAGAGAGAACGAUGAGGAGGCUGCAAGGAGAGAAUGUGAUGGUUUUCUGGAGUGACAAACGAGCUCUCUACCUAUACACUGAGGCCCAGUGGAUCAAUGUACUGAACUGGAAAAAUGAUAGCACCCCCGCUUGAGUCUUCUCCACAUCAAGCCCCCAACUAACCCUAUAAACGUCAGCUUCAAAUAUAUUCAUUGAAAUAUGCAUGAACCAAUAUAUUUAUUCAUACUCAAAUAAACCAAUAUUGACUUGUCAAUAAACCUUUUCUUAUGCAGUUAUGUAUUGCAGUUUGUGAGUCAUACGCAACCGUGACAUACUGUAUUUACAGUUGAAGUCAGACGUUUACAAACGCUGUGCCAAAACACACUUCAUGUUUUGUCUCACUGUCUGAAGUCAAAUCAGACAAAAGCUCUCCUGUUUCAGGCCUCCAGAUGCAACAUUGUUCAUUAUGGCAAAAAAAAAAGUGCCACUUUGGUUUCAUCACACUACAGGACAUGUCUCCAGAAUUCAAAAUCUUUGUCUUGAUGUCUUUUUGCAAAAUGUAAUUGUCUUUUUAUCAUCCUUUAGGGGUGAUAGCUUCAUUCUCGUUGAGUUGCCUUCCAGCCCGUUUCGGAGCAGGACUUGUUUCACUAUGGAUAAUGAUUCUUUCUUACAUCCUUCGUCCAGCAUCUUCAGAAGGCCUUUACCUUUUUGUUCCGGGGUAGAUUCCCACAUUUCAGACCCAAACACGUGAAUCUCUGGGACACAGAGCCCGUCUCCUUCCUGAGAGGUGUGAUGGCUGAACAUCCCAUGAUGUUUAUACUUGUGUAUAACUGUUUGAACUGAUGAACGUGGGAUGUUCAAGCAUCUGGACAUUGCAGCCAAGGAUGCUCCAGACUUGUGGAUCUCCUGUGUGAUUUAUUUUGAUUUUCCCAUGAUUUCAAACAGGGAAGCAGAGUGUUGAGGUAUGGUCUUAAAUACAUCCCCAGGUGUGCCGUCAAUAAACUCACAUGUCCGUUUAUUUAUCAGGAGUUUCUAAAGCCAUGACCUCAUCAUCUGAGCUUCCCCUGUUUUUCCUUUCGGCUUUUCCCAUUAGGGGUCGUCACAGUGUGUCAUAUUUUGCCAUCUUAGCCUAUCUCCUGCACCUUCCUCUCAAAUCCCAACUACCCUCAUGUCUUCCCUCAACACAUCCAUCAACCUUCUCGUUGGUCUUCCUCUCGCUCUUUUGCCUGGGAGCUCCAUCCUCAGCAUCCUUCUACCAAUAUACUCACUAUCUCGCCUCUGAACAUGUCCAAACCAUCGAAGUCUGCUCUCUUGAAUCUUGUCUCCAAAACAUCCAACUUUGGCUGUCCCUCUAAUGAGCUCAUUUCUAAUCCUAUCCAACCUGCUCACUCCGAGCGAGAACCUCAACAUCUUCAUUUCUGCCACUUCCAGUUCUGCUUCCUGUUGUCUCUUCAGUGCCACAGUCUCUAAUCCGUAAGCCUCACCACUGUUUUAUAAACCUUGCCCUUCAUCCUAGCAGAGACUCUUCUGUCACAUAACACACCAGACACCUUCCGCAAGCUGUUCCAACCUGCUCUGAACCGUUUCUUCACUUCAUCUGGGCAUCCCCAUGUUCUUUAAAAGCAUAGUACUUUUUGGGUGUAUUAACUUUUGAUCUCGAAGAAAACAUACAUUUCUAUAAGAAAUUAUCUCCAAUUACUCAGGCAUUUAACAAAAUUACUUUUCAUGAUCCAGACUCACUUGAGACAGGAGAGGUUUAGUUUGAUUUGACUUCAGGACAG